UAAUACAAUGUAAAUUUUCGUUUUGAUUUAUAGGCAAAUUAUUAGUUGGAAAUAGGGUAGAUAAGAGCAAUUGAUUAAAACUGUUUCAAACGUUUAAAGAGUAUUAAUGCGAUAUCUCUGUUCUGUGAUUUGAUCGACAACAAAAGCAUCUGCUUGGACGCUUUUGCCUAUCUAUCUGCGAAACGAACAUAUUGUUCGUUUCACUUGAAAACAUUAUCUUUUCUCGAUAACAUAGAUUUUGAAAUAUAUUUUCUAUAUAGGGUGUCUGUUCAAUUUCAGUACACUGAAAUAUCUUUUAAGGAAUUGACGUUACGAAGAAUAUGUUGGUCAGUACGAAGAGAGACGUUAUGCAAUGCAAAUAUCUUUUUUGUACCUGCUAUAGUCGGGAUGAAUUUCAAAGGCAAUUUAAUUUUUUCUUUAGAUGGAUCUAUGUAUUUUCUUACGCACCAUUCGAUACAUUUUUUAAUUCCCAACGAUAAAGAAUUAUGAUAUCUCGGUCGAGAAACGAUUAGUUUCACAGGUAUUUUAGCUUUAAUCUUGUAAAACUCAUCGUACGAAUGUAAAGGGAAUAUAAACGUCUUUCAAGAGUAAACGUUUUACAAGAGUAAAGUUAAAAUGUCUUUCAAAUUACUAAAUACUUCUCGACCCAAGUACCUUGAUACGUUUUUGCAGAGAGUUACAAAAUGCAUCGAAUGUAUGCAAGAAGAUGUAUAGGUCCGUUCAAAAAAAUUAAAUCGAUUUUGAAAUCUUCCACACUGUACGAAUUACAAAAGAAAUACUUACACCGCAUAACGUCUCCCUCGGUAACAAGCGAUUUUUGAUGAAACAUUUUUUUCGUAGUACCAUUACCUUAAAAGAUAUUUCAGCGCAUUCAGAUAAAACAGACACCCGUACGUUUAGAGGCACAUCACUUUUCAUCUAAACGAAAACUGUUUCGAGAACAAAUACUUGUUUUAAUCAUAUCGUGGGUGGAAUAUUUUGAAAUUUGUACCUUCCCAUGAAUAUAAAUGAAUCGAAGGAAAUUAUGCCACGCACCUGUAACUUUCGAAACAUUUGUUACAACUUGAUAUUAGCUGUGUUAAUCGUAUGCAAAUAGCCACAAAAUGAUGCGUUACCGUCUUGUUCUUCUGGAGCAUCAACGAUUUCAUCGAACGAUCUUGCCGAUCGACGUUGCAAAAUUAUUCGAACACAAUUCCUUGUUGUUCGUUUAUUCGGUCGAACAAAUGCACGGAAUAAAAACCGAGAAUUGUAAUUUAGGAACGAUAAGACGAUAAAGGAAAACACUUACAAAACGUCGUUUCUUCGUCGAAAGAAGUUAUUGUUGACGUCGAAGUUAACGAGAGCUGCGGUGCACGAGAGCGGACGGUCGUAACGAAACUCCGUUGCUCGAUAUCCGAUACGCGAUCGCCAACCAGAAGAAUAUUCCUCGUUAUUCAGAUGGGUGAAUAUGCGAGAAGCUGCGGAAGGAAGAAGAAAAGCAAGUGGAAGAAGAAAAAGUGGAAAUGUUCGCCGUUGAUAAGGGAGAAGAUUGAAGGUGAAAAUCGGUAGUUAGCCAAACAUUAUGUAUUCGAGAUAGCUACAAGUUUCUGCGAGAGAUAUUUGCGAUGAAAGGGGUACGGGGUUAGAUUUCUAUCCCCAAUGGUGGUGCAAGCUUCGUUUUCUCAUUGGUCCCCGCAGAUUCGUGACGUCACUACGCCGGCCUAUGUAAAGGUGAAGCACGCGGAGCGUCAGUACAUCGUUGUCCGUCACGUCGAUCGGGUCUCAACUUUGAAUCGCCCUCUGCUCCUGCGAGAGUCGUAAACGAAUCUUUAAUUCGAGCCAAUCGACAACGAAAAUCAUCGUUAUCCUACUCACGAGGACGUCUUUACGCUCAUCUACGAAGGUAACAGAAUGAUCAUCCCUUCGACGUUUUUGUUAAUGGUAUCCGUCACAUUCGCGAUCGCCGAAGAGUCCAUGUCAGAAAAUGUUCUCUCCGACAAACGUGCCGUUAUGGGAUUUCAAGGAAUGCGUGGGAAAAAGAAUUUUGACUCUUUGGAUUCGGAGGACUUUGGAAUUUUGAAACGUGCGAUCAUGGGCUUCCAGGGAAUGCGUGGAAAGAAAAACUCGAUAAUCGCUGACGUUGAAAAUCAACUUUUCCCCGAGGAGACUAAUAAGCGUGCGCCGAUGGGUUUUCAAGGCAUGAGAGGCAAGAAAGCUUCGUUAGAUGACGAAUAUUACAAACGUGCACCGAUGGGAUUUCAGGGAAUGAGAGGCAAGAAAUCUCUCGAGGAGAUCUUAGAUGAAAUUAAAAAGACUACCACGAGAUUCCAAGAUCCAAGAAGCAAAGACAUGUACGUGAUUGAUUAUCCAGAAGAUUAUGAAAAGAGAAUAUUGUCGAUGGAAGGAUAUCCAAAUAUUUUCGAUAAGGAAGGCGAAUUCUUGUGGGAGAAGAGAGCUCCAAUGGGAUUCCACGGGAUGAGAGGCAAAAAAUUAAUUCUUGACCCGUGGCAAGAUCUUGAUAAACAAGACGUUAUGGGCUUUCAGGGACUGCAACGUAGGAAGGAUACGUUCGAUGAUUAUUUAGAUUAUUCGAUGAAUCCGUCAGAUUACGAGAAAAGGGUUGCGGAUUUUCAAGAUAUAGAAAGCGGUAGCGAUUCGUUUAAAAGAGCUCGCAUGGGUUUUCAUGGGAUGAGAGGUAAAAGGAACGUUGGGGAGAUUUACGGAUCUAAUUCGAGCCCUACGCAAACGACGAUCGGUUAUCAAGGCGUAAGCAACCCUGGAAACAACCUCGCCGCGUACGAAAUUGAAAAGCGAUCACCCUUCAGAUAUCUUGGAGUCAGAGGAAAGAAGAAUCCACGAUGGGAAUUCCGAGGAAAAUUCGUAGGGGUGAGAGGCAAGAAAGCGUCGUCUUUGCAAUCUGUCUAUUAAUGUAUUUCAGUAAAGAAACAUCGAAAGGAGUAUGAAUGAAGAUUCGUGAAUGUUAUUAGGCAAUUAGCAGUAAUAGCACUGGUUUUGUUGGUGGCAACAAUGGCAACGCAACAACAAUAAUCACUGUGUAAUGCUAGUCUUUUUGUUUAAACGUGUAUUAGACUGUAUCGCUUGAUAGGUAUACCUAAGGAUAGGGGAAGACAACGCGGUACUUUUAUCAGUAGACUGUCCUCGUUAUUGUCAUUGCAUUCCAUGCGUACAUUGUGAAAGAAUACGUUGUCUUCUCCCCUCGAGAUUUUAGUUUCAACGACAUAUCCGUACACCGCCAAUGUAUAUAUAUACGUAAACCUCGAGCGUAUUACAGACCGCGUUCCUAUUUCUUAUAUUUUGAAAAGGGCUUAAAAGACGCCACUCUCUCUCUCUCUCUCUCUCUCUCUCUCUCUCUCUCUCUCUCUUUGGUUGCUAAUUUAUUCUUACCGUUACCCUUUUAAUUUUGAUACAAAAAAUUAAUUUAUUUUUUACAUUCUCCACGUCAUUCUCGAGACUGUUAUGUCGACUUAGGAACAACUUAAAACGGACAUAAAUAAUAUAGAAGUAGAUAGAAGAUUCUAUUUUUCUUGAAAAAAGAAAUCACCGAUAUAUAUGUAUACAGAUAUUUUACGCUUCAACCAGCAAAAAAAAUUAAAUAUACUUUAAGUUCAUUCCUUUCUCGGAAUACAAUGUGAUUGUUAUGACUAUACAACACAAUAUUUUUAUACUAUCGAUACCUCACCUCCUUUCGUGUUUUGUCACAUGAACGAUAUUUGUUAAACACAGCUUGUUUGCAAAUAAGUUUUAGAAUACGUAAUCGUUUAGUAUUCUACCCAAUGACGAAGACCUAUCUAUGUUGUAAUUUGUAAGUGUGAAACAAGUCUCUGGCAAUUUAAAAAAGAGAAUAAAUAUCUAUAUAAGUUA